UACCCAACUUUUGAGAGGGAUCCGACUAGUCUAGACAACAUCACUUAACGAGUCAUGGCCGGUUCUUCUACUCCUUCCUCGCUGACGGCGGUGACCCUUCUCGCCGCAUUGUUGUUGUUCCUCAAUCCAUCGAACGCUCAGCUGACUGCCAAUUUUUAUGCGAAGACAUGCCCGAGCGUGUCCAGUAUUGUCCAAACCGUGAUCCAGGAGGCCCUUCAAUCUGACCCACGCAUCACUGCCAGUCUCCUCCGUCUCCAUUUCCACGAUUGUUUCGUCGACGGGUGUGAUGGAUCGCUGCUGCUGGACAAUAGCCCAACCAUAAAGAGCGAGAAAGAUGCAGCUCCGAAUUUUAAGUCCGCAAGAGGGUUUGAUGUCGUGGACAAGAUCAAAGCGGCUAUUGAGAGUGCUUGUCCAGGGACCGUGUCUUGCGCCGACAUUCUUGCCCUUGCUGCUCAAGCUUCCGUCUCUUUGUCAGAAGGUCCAUAUUGGACAGUGCUCUUGGGGAGGAGGGACAGCUUGACCGCGAACCAAGCCGGAGCGAACACAUCGAUACCCUCCCCUUCUGAUAGCUAUAACAACCUCGUUUCCAAAUUCUCUGCUGUUGGCUUGGACAUCACCGACCUUGCUACACUUUCCGGAGCUCACACCUUCGGACGUGCACAGUGCAAGUCAUUCAACCCUAGGCUCUACAACUUCACCGCGAACGGUGGCCCUGAUCCCACCAUAAACCCGUGGUACUUGACCAAUCUCCGGAAACUUUGCCCUCAGAAUGGCGACAGUAGUGUCCUCGCCGACCUCGACCCGACAACCCCAAACUUGUUUGACAACCACUACUACUCCAACCUCCAGAAAAAUGAAGGGCUUCUUCUGUCCGAUCAAGAGCUGUACUCCACAACUGGCGCCGCAACAAUUUCCAUCGUCAACAGCUUUAGCUUUGACCAGAGUGCCUUCUUCGAGAGCUUCGCUCGGUCGAUAGUAAACAUGGGAAAUAUUAGUCCUCUCACCGGAAGUAACGGGGAGAUCCGGUUCAAUUGUAGGAAGGUCAAUUGGAGUUGAAAGAGUUUUUUGGGUGGCUUUGGGUGCAUGCAUGUGAGCAAAUAGCAACGUGUAAACUAAAAGUUCAGGCAUUGUUGGAAAUGUCAAUUCUAUAGGAGAGAGCUAGAGGUUUGUAUUUCUACGUCAAGUGCGACAUGUUAAGAGUUGAUUUGAUUGAAGUAUUUCGCUGAAUUGUACAUCUCUUUAAAGAGAUCAUAUUAAAUAAAUGAGAUCUUCUCCCAUGAA